UGGGUUGACUUAAUACUAUGAUAAAGGAACUUAUAUAAUUGAACGAGCUGUUGAUAAGCACAGCCAUACUGAGUUUUGUUCCACUACUUGAUAUGCUAUAUUAUAUACCAAUGGUCGUAGUUGUGUUGACAAUUACACAGACUGAUGUAUAGGAUAUAUGAUUAUUUAUGUAGAAUGCAUAAAACAUAACUUAAACAGGAAUCACAAUCAGCUUCACGUACAGUGCCUGCAAUUGCAACCAUAAACGUAACUACUAACGAUAUGGAGAAAAUAUAAACUCACGAUAAGGGAGUAAUCGUAUGACACCCUACAACACAAACAGAGGGUCUACUUGGAACAAUGUGAACUGACGGUUUAGCAAUUAAUAACUGCAUCCUAGAGAUUUGACCAGAUCACAAGAACACACACUUCCACCCGACAACUGACUUCGAACCUUACUAUAAACUUACCUAAUGGCUUAAAAUCACGUUCAGAAUGGAGGAUAUUUCUGAAAACAAACUUUGCCAUAAACAACGAUUAGAAGAUUUCCGCAAAUAUGACAAGAAUACAACGGGUGCUAUUCUUAAACUGGAGAAAGUGUCUGACCGCCAGAGAACGUUGACAUGGUCCAAAGUCUAUCUUCGUCUCGGAUCGUUCACGCUGUCAGCCGCGAAGAUGAGACCACAAACAGAUAAACCAAGAAACGCAACUGGUCAUAAUGACAAUAAUACGAAUAAACGACCUGAAAUAAAAGGUAGCUGUAGCCAUCAAGUUAAAGCAAAGUGCGAUACUGGUUACACAACAACGUUUAACCAUUACAAUAUCUACAAAGGCAAUAAUCCAACUGACAUGCACAUAGACAUUGACAGAGGCGAAUCUGAUGCAGAUAUCUUAAAAGGAGAAAAAUGUACAAACUAUGCAAAUACAACGGAAAGACUUUCUCAAAGUGCAAGGGAACCUUUAGUUAGGAUAUACACACCAGCGAUACAAGAAUCUAGCAAUAAACCAGUUAUAUCAAACUGUUGGACCAAGAGUAGUCGGAAAAAUGAAAAUAUGUAUUCAAUAAAUCAUACAAAUAAGGGCAACAAUGGAUAUAAAGCAGACAUUUCGCAUGGCAGUAACAGUUUAAAACGAGCUUCACAUAGCAAAAGACUUAAUGGAAAUGCAAUGCAUACCGAUGGAUAUGAAGGUUUUUCAGAGUAUACUACAAAUGGAUUGCAUUUCCCUAGUAUCAUCAACCCAACAUCAUGUGUAUGAAUUCAAUUUCAUUUUUACUUAUUUACGAAUAAUUUUAGCUAUUUAUAUAAUAGGAUUUAUUUGAACUGAUGCUCUAAUAGAUCCAUACGUACAUCCAACAAUUAAAAAAUACAAUAAAAAUAUUUAAAAGAAAAAUAAA